UUACCUAAAAAAUGAAAAAAAGAGGAAUGAGAGAGUCGCGAGAGACAAAAACGUCGAUGAAAGUUUCAUGUGAUUAUUCGCAAUUGAAGCAAAUCUAGUUUCAAUCUCUGCAAACAAAAUCAGGAAAAGAUGGCUGCCAAUUUCUGGACUUCAUCGCACUACAAACAGCUAUUGGACCAGGAAGAGGUGGAUGUUGUGCAGCCCCUUGAUAGGGAAAAGGGCAUCACUCUUGAAGAUUUCAAGAUCAUUAAGAUGCACAUGGCCAAUUACAUUGGGAGAUUGGCUCAAAGUGUGAAAGUGAGACAAAGGGUUGUAGCCACUGCUGUUGCGUACAUGAGACGUGUAUAUACCAGGAAAAGUAUGACUGAAUAUGAUCCACGUCUGGUGGCUCCAACCUGCUUGUACUUGGCAUCAAAAGCUGAAGAAAGCACAGUGCAGGCUAGGCUGCUUGUAUUUUACAUCAAAAAAAUAUAUUUGGAUGAAAGGUAUAGAUAUGAAAUAAAGGACAUACUUGAGAUGGAAAUGAAGAUUUUGGAAGCACUCAACUAUUAUCUAGUUGUAUUCCAUCCUUACCGUGCAUUACCUCAGUUGCUUCAGGAUGCUGGCAUGAAUGAUGUAACUCAGAUAUGUUGCAGGGGACUUGUUAAUGACACAUACAAGAUGGAUCUAAUUCUCAUUCAUCCUCCACACUUGAUUGCAUUAGCUUGCAUAUAUGUUGCAAGCGUGCUCAAAGAUAAAGAGAGCACUGCAUGGUUUGAAGAGCUUCGAGUUGAGAUGAAUGUGGUGAAAAAUAUUGCAAUGGAGAUACUAGAUUUCUAUGACAGCCACAAAAUGAUCACAGAGGAGAGAAUUAAUGCCUCAAUGAACAAGCUUGCUUUAAGACAGUAGAAGGUUGGGCUAGUCAGCUACACGUCAAUGGGAAGGAGGGUAUCAACCCAUUGCUGUGCUGAAACGAAGGAUAUGCUUUGAGCAGCAUAACAUUUUCUCUGAAAGGUUGAUCUGUUCAAUUCUGUAAUGUCACUCGGGAGCUUUAUGGGCUAUGCAAGAUAGCAGACAUUUUAAUUUAACUGGAUUCAUUCGGCAAGAAUCCAUUGUUAUGUUUUUGCAUGUGCAAUUGUUUCUUUGAACAUAUAUGCUCUCAAUGAGGCAAGAAUGGUGUUAACUUAGAAUCUUGAAAUUAAUGAGCCUAGUUGAUUUGGUCAAGUACUUUGA